CCAUUUCGGCUGGUAAACACACCUGUGGAAGGGUAAUUACGGACUGAAGCACAUCUGUAGUCUCCAGUAGCUAUAGGCUACUGUGUGUAGAUAUAUAUCUCUACCUUUUCUUACAGAGCUCUGUUCACUUGAUGUACUCUUUAGAAGAAAGAAAGAGAAAUGUGUAUUAUUUAUCUCUGUGUAAAAUUUCAAAGUUGGAUAUUCAUUAUUUGAACUAUGAUGCAAGCAUUUUCAAGUGAAUAAGAACAUAAACAUCUGACGUGCCAACAAUUUAACGGUAGUCUACGUAGAGAAAAGGAUAGUAAAAUGAUUCAUGUGUGUAUAUGUAUAACAGUUGAAUUCUCUACUGGAUUUUAGUGAUUUUUAGGGAAACAAUAUGACGCUUGGAUUUGUGUAAUAGAAGAUCGGUGCUUAAAUCUGCAAGGACAGAAUGAGUGGAAGAAAGAGGUCAGAGUACAAUAUAGUACUGUUAGGGGCGCUUGGAGUAGGAAAAUCUGCUUUAACGGUGAAAUACAUAACCAGGAGGUUCAUCAUGGAAUAUGACCCAUAUAUUGAAGAUAUAUAUACCAAACACGAGGAUGUUGAUGGGCAAGAAUUCAUAGUAAAUGUCAUGGAUACGUAUGAAAAGGAUGAUUCCAACAGUCAGCGAUAUCUGAGAUGGGCGGACGCCUUCAUUGUUGUUUAUAGCAUUACAAAUCGGCCUAGUUUUGAGACAGCUCGUCAGUAUCUACAGAAAGUUUCUGAAUAUCUUCGUACGGCGAACAAAGAUUGUCCAAUUGCUCUUGUAGGCAAUAAAAGCGACCUAGAACGAUACAGACAAAUCAGCAAAGCUGACGGACAAACUUUAUCAUGUGAAUAUGAUGGAAUUUUCUACGAAUGUUCAGCAGCGGAGGAGUACGAGUACGUUGAGGACAUUUUUUACGGACUUGUUCAUUCAAUACAACGUCAACGAGGAGAAAGAAGUCUAGCCUAUUCACCGCUAUUUAUUACGGAAGACAGACAUCACUCCAUGCAAAGAAAUAGACCGCGUUCUCCUAGAAGUAGUACGGAAAAGAAGGAAGACAAAACACAAAAUAAGAAAAAUCCGACCAGUUUUAAAUUGUUCAAAAACAAAAGUUUUAAGAUAUUCAAUUGACCCUUUCUUUUGAAAAGUAGAAGUGAAUGGUAUAAAAACUUGAUAUUUCAAUGGUUGAAACGAAGCCGUUCGGGAUCUUAAAAUGGUUUAAACACAAAACAACCAGGGAAAUUUCGAUGCUGGCAAACGUUUUUCAUCCUUCUGUACAAUGGGUGGAAUAUCACAGUCACUCCUUUUUUCUUUUCUAUUUUUUUUUUUUGUAUAGUGAAUAAUGUUUGAAAUGAUUGGCAACGCUGAUAAAAAUGUUAACCUUCAAGUUCGAAAGUUCAGUCUUCAAAAAUACAUAAAAUGGGAUGGGAGUUCCAACAAGAAUUGGCGCUGGCGCUGAUAGUGAAUUGUUUUAUCUAUUUUCAGGAAAUAUACUUGGAAAAAACCUCAGUCUUCAAACAUACAGUUUCAAUUGACGUAUUUGUGUUAUUUCCAGAAAAUCUAAAGUUAUGAAGAAGGAUACAAGUGAUGAAUUAUGCGUCGCGGUUAAUUUCAAACUGGAUUUUAUGUUACGUUAAUAAUAAUUUAGCCGCACAAUGAGAAAACCAACAUAGUGUAUUUGCGACCAGCAUGGAUCCAGACGAGUCUGCGCAUCCGCGCAGUCUGUUCAGGGUCCAUGCUGUUCGCUAACAGUUUCUUUCAUUGCAAUAGGCUUUGAAAGCGAACAGCAUGGAUCCUGGCCAGGCUCUGGAUCCAUGCUGGUCGCAAAUACACUAUGUUUGUUUUCUCAUGGCGUGGCUCAUAUGUUUUCCGAUACAUUUCAUACAUGAUAUGAAAAGUUAUAAUAGGUCUGUUUUACGAAACCGACACAUAUAAUGCUAAUAUUAUUAUCAACCUCGAAAAAACACAUUCUAUUAUAUUGAAACAAAAUAUUCUAUUAUCACUGAAUCCGUGAGACAAUUUGCUUUAGUUUCAUGGUCCUUAGGAUGAACAUUAGAAGCAGAUGUGCAAUAUCUAGUGUACCCGAUCAAACAAUAUUUUGAUUUUGAAUUUGAGGCAAACAUUUUCUUUCUUUUAUUUUAUGUCUUUUUCUACGGAUGUAAAAUUAUUAUACCAAUUUCAUAGUUCCGUACCAGUGAAACAUAUAUACUAUUGAUAUUUUAUGUUAUAUUAUAAAAAUAAAUUUAUGUAUAGUUUAUAUCAAAUUUAAUCUUCACUGUGAAAUUAUGAGACAAACUUCAAAUUUGAGAUGAAACAUAUUCCAUAAUGAAUCAUUGACAGGCUUCAUGUCUGAGUAAUGGGUUACUUGCGAAAGCAAUGUAUUAAAUAUGCAAAUAAAGAAACAAAACGUUUUUAAAGAUGCAAGCUUAACUGAACUUUUGUUACUAUUUAAAUGAUUUACUGUGACCACUUUUCCUUUAUACUAAAGUCAUGUAAAUUACAUCAAUGAUAAAUAUUUGUAAUAU